AUGUUUUGCCAGCGUAACUGGCUGGCUGUCACAAAUGCUUGUGCCGCCACCAUCGUCGUCGUCAACCACGAUGCUGUUGUUAUUGUCAAUCCCCUAAUGUCACCCCCACCUCUUAACAACCGUCACCUACCCAUCUACCUGAUCUCUAGUCUCACUUUUUUCUUUUCCAAUACAUUUGCAUCUCUGUCAUGUAAAUACUUUCUUUUCUUUCACUCUAAUUUCUUAUUUUCGUCUCUCUCUCUUCUUCUUCUUCUUCUUCUUCUUCUUCUUCUUCUUCUUCUUCUUCUUCUUUCUCUCGCAAAAAGUUGUUUCAAUUUGUUCCCAUCCUUUUCUACUUUAUCUUUUCUUUCUUUCACAAAUCUCUCUCUCUCUCUCUCUCUCUCUCUCUUGUUUCCCUGUCUUUCUCUCACUUUUUUUAAAAAAAAUGUUCCCUCUCUGAAUGUUUGUUUCUUUUACUCUUUCUUGGAUAAUCUCUGUCUUAGCUUUCCGCUUCUUCGCUCCUUAGAAAUAGCGGCUCAGUAG